GUUGACAUGAAGCCUUGCGACGAUGGCCGCAGCGAUAUGGCUGAAGGAACCUUCACCGCGUGCUGCACGUGCCAGCAGCCGUGCAGAAUGAUAGCCAAGUUUUGUCCACAUUGCGGGGCGAAACAAUCGAGCGUUUUCCUCGCCGCACGCCGCAAGCUCCCGGCACUCGGUCGCUUCACCAAACUGCCAUCCGUGCCCAACGCGCAAUCGAUCCUGCUGGAGAAAACGCCCCCACGAAAGCCAACUGUACGAGCGCUAAAUGCGGCCGGGGUACGAAUCGCCCGACCCAAUCGUUCAAAUCAGCAUGGUGCCGCCAAUGGCCCACGUUCGGACAGAGCCGCCGCAUGCGAGGCAUCUCGCAACCUCGACCAAGAGCACGCUAUUCCAUCCAAUUUACACCCAUGCAGUCAUGAUUCGCCAUCACCAGUCGCGCCAACGACACUCCCGUGCAAUGUCGAGACGCGCCUGCAGGCGUGGAUCGUCCAGCUCCAGAAACUGCACUCGAUUGUCAUCGCUUACAAACCGCCGAUGCCACACCCACUGCAGAAAUCCUUGACGUCGGCUUCAAAAGCCAAGCUCGAGCGACAAUUCGCCGCGCUCAACGACGACUGGAACACCAUGGGCUUGGACAAAUCGUCGAGCGUCGCGAUGCGAAGUCUUGCGCUGUGGAGUCGGUCCAAGCACAUUCUCGACAACAUCCCAUCCCGCCCUCCCGCCACGGAUGCGCAAGUAUCUGUCAAAGUCGACGGCUCCAUCAUGCACUUCAGGAGCAGGUGGCAAGUGGAUGGCGCUAGCAACGAAGGCAGCCCCAGUCCCAUGGACACGGCUCCAACCGCCUUGGUGACGAAACCGCAUGCGACUGCCCCACCUUCCUCCGUCGAAAUAUCGCCACCGCCAUUACGGAAGAGAUCUCGGCAUUUUUUCCACGCACGGCCAACGCAUUUAUUCACGCGCGUGUGCUUCAUCCAGGGUUCGCGUCAACCAUACAUCGUUAGCGUCGACGAAGAUGGAUCCUGCGAUGAAGGCGAGUCCAAGGCCCUCGUCUUUCGAGCGUACGGCCCCCACACAAGUCGCACCAGCCACGCCAUUGUAUCCAUUGUGACACUGCAAACCAUGAUUCCUGAGCUCCACGCGCCGCCAUUGUAUUUUCGAGACCAGCUCCCUUCGUUGUGUCGACAUGCGCUUUACCACUGGGGUUCGUGGUGCACGUCGGCGCUGCCUUCGCUUUGCUGGAAGAACCACCACUUGACGAUGCGUUUUCCCAGUGCCCUGAAAACGUGCCACGUUCUCCAGUACAAGGGCGUGUGCUUGUUUCGUUGCGUCGUCCAAGUGCAUGUGAUGGCGGAUUUUAGCGUCGACAUCGCGGCAGUCGACGUCGCGACGGACCAAGUCUUUUACGUCCAUGCACCUGUCCCGUUGCUCCAAGUGCAUUGCCCCGAGUACCUCCAGUAUGUCCAGGUCCGACAUCGAUGGCCAGCACUGUUCAAAGCGCUCGUGGGCCAGCUCUGGCUUGAGUACACGACCAAGGGAUUCGAGCUCCUCGUGGCUGGCCAAGCCCCCCAUGGUCGAAUUCUCCUGCACCCGCUCAUGAACAUGUCGGACGUACAAUUUCAGAAUUUUCUGCAACUCGAACACGACAGACUAGCUCGUGUCCGCGACGAGUGCGUCCGGCUCGCUGCGUCCGUUGCGCUUCGGAAGGAAUUGGGCCGGCAAGAGGUCGAGCAGCAGCACCGACUUCACAUUCGACGCAGCCACGCAGCGACAUCCAUUCAGCGGGUGUUUCGUGGUCAUCUCGGGCGAAUUGUCUUUUAUCGAGCUGUGUGUGAAGAUGCAUGUGCGAACCACAUCCUUGGAGCCAUGCCAGGCACUCGCUUCCAACGAGCCGCGCCAUGCCGAGACGGGUGGUUCCAAGACCCGCACACGCUGAUGGCGUUCGGAAUCAGUCGCCUCCAUCCCGUUGCUGGAGUCCGAUGCCGAAACUGGAUCGUCACCCGCCACGAUAUGAACUGCCAAGUCUUGAAUGAUCUCCACCGGUUGAUUCAGCAAGCCAUCGCUGCCCAAUGCAUUCAAGGGCACGUGCGGCGGUGGCUGUGCCAAAGGCGCUAUCGGUCCGUGUACCGAGGGGUGGUGAGUUUCCAAUAUCAAGUCCGUGGCGCCCUCCGUCGACGGUACCAACGACUCCAUCGUGCCCUACACGGCCUGUCGUUCCCUUUUGCGCGACGGAUUCGCAACACGUGGCUGCUAUUUCAUGUUCGACUGCGCCCGCCAAAAACACACUACGACGACGGGUGGUACGUGGACCUGGCCGGCACGCACCCGCACGCUGGAGUGUCUGCGCGCCAGCGAAUCUCCAUGGCGCGCCUGGUCGCGAAUGGAACGUUUUACGUCGACGAGUGGCGCGGCAUGGCCAACGUCGACGUUGCCACGCGGAUUGCCGACGCCACCGACCUGUUUUACUCGGCCCAGAGCCACCUCAUGACGUUUGGGGUCGGUCCGACGAAGCGGACGUCUUGGGAAGGCAUUUAAAGCCCCUAGAAGCACCUGCGUUGAGCUGAACAUGCUCUGUCCUGCAAGACUGUGGUCGCAAAGUGACACAGCGUCGCAUUUGUGAACAUUACAGCAGGCGGCUCGCAGCCUUUUCACUCUCGCUAAAAAUUCGCUGGACAAGUGCACAGCCUAACUGUGACGAUGUUGGCCAUAGGUCAUCCCAGAGUCGUCGAACAGAGGCAUCUUGCAUUUAAUUGAGGAGCCUUUUGCUUCGGCGGGAAUAGAUGCUGCGAUCGUUGGCUAUUGCGGAAGCUGUGGUCUUGUAAUAUGGGAGUCGCAUUUGGCACACGGGUGGCAUCGGAUAUUUCGUGAGCUGGAGGCUCACCAUGUCGUGCUGAUGUGUGCAUGACCCACGGGUCGAGUUCGAUACAUCUUCAAUUAUUGGACUGCAUCGCAACACCGUCGAGGUGACAGGAUGGGCAUUCGGGGUAUUUCCAGCCGCGCUGUGUCGAAGCGGGCUGAGAUUUUUUGACGCUCCAAAGCCGCAACGAAGCACCACACGGAUUAGGUAAAUCGUUGGGGGAACUGCCAAGGAAUGGGCUGACGAUGACCUAGGCGAGGCAGUCGGCAACUAGCCAGCAAAAGGGAGAUCGGACGUGAGAAGCGUCGGCAAUGGAGAUGAUGCGCCAAAGUAUCAUAGCGUCUGGAGGGAGCGAGCGGCAAGAGAGCGUGAACUCGUGCGCGUACACCGUUCGAGACGCACCAGACUUGGUCGAGAUCGCACGUAAAGCAAAACGCGUUGCUUCUAGACGCCGCAGCCUUUCUUGAAAUCGCUGGGAUGCUUGGCAAAUCGACAGGCCAAUCAUACCGAGCCCUUCAAGAAGGGGCGGCGGCCAAUUUGGUUCAGCGUCGGGGCGAGCGACAAUUCGUCAUUGCGUGGUUGGCAUGGAGCUGCACCAGUCGGCGGAAAAGAAUUCACGUUCUUCUUGGACAGAUUUCAAAUUGCACCGGAUCGCGGUACGCCAGCAUACCGAUGCCAGAAUUUCGUGGCAGUGAGCUGUCAAUGCUCAUGACGACGAAAAUGCCCCGGCGCGAAAUUGUCCACGAGCAUGCGCCAAGGAAUGCAGAGUCAAGUCCUUUGGGGCUAGAUAUUGAUGCUGGCCAAAAAGGAAGCACUUUUGCAGCUUCAUGCACCGAGUGGGAGUGUUCUUCCGCACUCCAUCGACUGGGGCGAAUGCAGCGUGGGAAACAAGGUAGAGGGCGAAAACUCAGAUCAACGCAUGCAUGCGACGAGGAGUGCGACUAUCGGGAGCGACGCCACACGGACCAUCUUGUCAAGUGGCUGUGACUCGCGCGAGGCCACUUCUUCGAGUUCGCAGGGGUAAUUUCCAUGAUGGCCCAUCGCCAGGCAAUCUUGCUCUGCUUCCACCCAUCGACGGAAACUUCGCCGACCACACAUCGAACGCUUUCCAUGGAUGAUGUGGAGUUUCAU